AUGGAAACAGUAGGAUAUCUCAGAACAUCUCGUUUCAAGCGAUUUUCCAUUUGGAAAUCUCUCUUAUCUGCAAUAAGAGUGUUGCUGCGAAUUGCAACAAAGUUCAGAAAGAAGAACAAAGAGACUAAAACUAAUGACACAGAACUCAUCACGCAGGCUGAGAACCAGAUCCUUAGAGCUGUGCAGUUAGACACCUACCCUAGAGAGACUGAAGCUCUAAUGGACAAUAGACCCAUACCGCGGACAAGCUCCAUUCUAAAGCUUGCACCCUUUAUAGACGACGAAGGGAUCAUAAGAGUGGGAGACAUUUCCAUGAACAGACUGAGCAUCAGGGAAGACAUCUCACAGAAGGUGCUGAGAAAGGCAGGAUUCUGGAUCACUGGAGGAAAACGCCUUAUAUCCUCCAUACUCUUUCAUUGUGUAAUCUGUCGUAGAUUGCGCGGGAAGUUUGUAGAACAAAAGAUGAGUGACUUACCUAGAGACCGUUUGACACCUUGUCCACCGUUCACAUUUGUUGGUGUUGACGUGUUCGGUCCGUGGGAUGUGUUAACCAGACGCACACGUGGAGGAAGUGCCAACUCGAAACGUUGGGCUGUGAUAUUUACUUGCUUGUACUGUCGAGCAGUACACUUUGAACUCAUUGAGGAAAUGAGUACAGGAUCAUUCAUCAAUGCUAUGAGGAGAUUUUAUGCUAUUCGUGGUGAAGUCAAAGAAUUUAGAUCCGAUAGAGGUACCAAUUUUGUUGGAGCCGCCGACGUACUACACAUGAAGGUCAUUAAUGUAGAGGACUCAGAAACGAUCUCAAUGUUGGAGGACCAUAGAACUGGGUGGAAAAUUCAAUCCCCCUCAUGCGUCCCAUAUGGGUGGGGUAUGGGAGCGGCUUAUCGGAGUUGCGAGACGCACUCUGGAUAA